GGCGAGGAAGAGAGAACGGUUAACGCGUCGUCCUUCGGCAAAGACAGCGAAUUAAAGAGUUAAAAAGUGGACGGUGCAGGAUGGUCGCUAAGUGGAACGAGCCGUCGCUCUGUAUCAUUCGUCGACUGUGACCCAUAAAUUCAUGGCUUCCGCGGAGCAAGUCGGGCUGAACAAAACUUGGGAAUUAUCGCUUUACGAGCUCCAUCGAACGCCUCAGGAUGCGAUCACGGAUAAUACCGAGAUCGCGGUCAGUCCGCGGAGUUUGCACAGUGAGCUAAUGUGCCCAAUUUGCUUGGACAUGCUUAAAAAGACUAUGACCACGAAGGAGUGUCUUCAUCGUUUCUGUUCCGAUUGUAUCAUUACGGCACUUCGGAGCGGUAACAAGGAAUGUCCAACUUGCAGGAAAAAAUUAGUGUCCAAGAGAUCGUUAAGGCCAGAUCCAAAUUUUGACCUAUUGAUCUCCAAGAUUUAUCCCAGUAGGGAUGAAUACGAAGCCCACCAGGAAAGGGUAUUGGCUAAGUUGAACAAGUCGCAUUCGCAAGUUGCACUGGUGAAUUCUAUUGCAGAGGGGAUUAAGUUGCAAAGUCAGAACCGUCCUCAACGCUCUAGGAAAAAUGUGAAUGAAUCGGAGAACGCUAGCAAUGCAGCUUCCUAUAAUAAUUCGCAAAAUGCCAGCGCACCAGCCACGCCAAACCCUGGGAACACGGCUAAUCAAAGCGACUCUUCUCAGAGCACGACAGGGCCUUUAAACAAUAGCAGCGGUGGUAAUUCUCAAAGUUCCAAUAGUGUCUCCCAAGCAGCCAGUAGUCCAGCGGUCUCUGGGACGACGUCUAGAAACUCCACCACACCGUCGCCAAAUCCAGCGAAUCAAAUCCCUAAACCACCUAAACGGCAAAAAAGUUUGCAGAAUUCAGAGAACGAUUCCUCCAGUGCGGAAGCUGAAACUGGUGGAGGUGAUUCAAUGGUGGAUACAGAGGGUGAAGGUCCCAGCGAGCCGUUGAUGCUAAACGAAAUCGAACUUGUUUUUAAACCGCAUCCCACGGAGAUGGCUGGCGAUAAUUCGCUGAUCAAAGCGUUGAAGGAAAACAGCAUUCGAUACAUCAAAACGACCGCGAAUGCGACAGUGGAUCAUCUUAGUAAAUACUUGGCCAUGAGGUUGACGUUGGAUCUGGACACAGAAUUGUCAGAAUCUGAUAGGUUACUGAACUUUUGUAUUUACAUAGCACCAUCUCCUGGUCAAUUGGUGGUGUUGAGUGGGUCACAGACGUUGAGACAGGUGAACGACAAAUUCUGGCGCGUCAAUCGACCCCUGGAAAUGUAUUACUCCUGGAAGAAGACCUAGGGAAGGCCUCGAAAAUAUCAGUCGGACGGGAGCUAGUCGUAUUAUGCUCCAGGAACAAAAAAAAAAGCAUUUGUACUACGCCACGUACAGAACAGGAAAACGUAUUAUUGUAUCAAGAGAAACGUUGAUAGGAUAAUAAUACCGUACUCUGAGGCGCGUUUAGUUCGAUGUUGAAGGAAGUACGAGGAUCGUGUUUCUCUUAAUCGCAAACAGUGGUGGAAUUUUUAUCUCCUUGGGACUGGUUACUGCUCCUGUGUUUCCUCGCAGGAAACUUUCAUAGAAACGGAUAGAUUUUUCAAUUCAAGCUUCGUACAGCGUUUCAUUCUCCAGAGUCUCGUUAAACUGCCAUUCACCAGAUUGCAUUACCGAAUGGGUCGAUGAACAAGUGACUUGUGUGUAGUAUUUUUCGGACUUCCCUUUUUUUUUUUUUUUUUGACAGGUGUAUGUGUUUAGCCGGUACGUCCAAGUUGUAUACACUUCAAUGGUUGAUUUAACUUAUCUAAAUAAGCUAUGACCCGCUGUGGACCAUUCUGUAUAGUUUCACGAACAAAUAAACCAAUGUAUAUACUGUA